CUGUGCAUUUUGUAAAGACACGAGGACAAUGAACAAAGAGCAGCGAGUUGAUCCACUGCCACAAGGUUUCCUUCCAGUUCGUGAACAGUUAAUUGUUCUACAUGCCUGCAGAAACUCUGGUGGUUGCCAAGGUAUGCUCUAAAAGUAUAACUAAUUUGAAAAGAAAGAGUGUACUGCUGGCUGCAUAAUUGGUGACACAAAACCACAAACACAAGGAAACUGAGGAUGACGUGAUGACAGUUAUAUGUGGCGUCACAGCGCUCAGACACCUGGCCCUGUGUGUCCAUAUGGAAGAGGCCUCAAGGCCAUAUGGCUUAUAUGUGUGUCUCAAACUUAAUUGAAGGCUGUGCUGUUUGUAUUUCUAUGUGUGUCUACUUGUAAUUCGUGAGGGGCCUAAAUCUUUUUGCAGAGUCACUUGUAAGUCAUUUAAGUUUUGGAUGAGAAAUUGGUUGUGAUUGGGAGGUUAAGACCUCCGUGUCCCCUGAAAUAACAGAAGCAUGACUGCACUGACAUUUCUAAAUCCAUAUCCUGGUCUAAGCCCGCUCAUACUGUUGAUCAGCAGGUCUUGUUUAUGAGUCCACUAAUUAGCGCUUGUGAUAUGCUUAGUUUCAUUUACUUUGAACUUUUAAACCCUCAGACUCCGAUUUAGCCAGUCUAAUAAGCCUGGGUGAAGGGAAAGGGCUAAUUCUGAUAAAUUUACAAUGUAAAGCUACUGUUUACCCAAAGCUCUGACUUACCUGACAGGAAAGAUAUACCCAGAAAUUAAUGUCCACACAUGCAAAAGUUAUGUUUUUUAAUGGGCAGCGUCAUUGUCAGUUUUCCCACAUCUGUGGUCCAUGUCCUACAAACAGUCUGUAUAAAGAUUAGCCCCAAACAAUAAUGUGAUCUGUCCUAAUAAUUGGCUAUUCAACCGAGCAGCCAUUAAGGAAGCCCUCAUAAACAUAUUGAACUCAUGUCUAAUCCCUUAUAAUGCAUCAGCAGAUCAGUGGGUGUGUAUUGGUUCAUUGCUACCCUGGAAUGUGUUUAGUGCAAACACAGAGACGUGGACACACACAGUGCACACAUACACACACUGAUGGAUGCGGUGAAUUUUGGGCUUCGGAAAUACUGAACAGUUAAAAGGAAAGACCAACCAGUGCAUCGGUGACAGGCAAGGUGGAAGCAGAGAAGAGGAAAGGGGUUGGGGGAGGGAGUGGAGGAGAGACACUGGCGCCCCGCCAACGUUGACGAAAGCUGCUUAGCCCACCCAGUUGCCAUGGAUACAGCAAGGAGCAGCAUGUGUGUUUGUGUGUGUGCCUGUGUGUGUGAGAGAGAGAGAGAGAGAGAAAGAGAAAGAGGGAGGGAGGGAGGCAGACAGAGAAAACCAGCAGGCAGGCGUUAAAGCAAGUCAGAGUGGGAGUGAAAGAGCACCAGACAGCAGGGUGGAGGGAGAGAGAGAGAGCGAGAGAGGGUGAAUGUAUGUGCGGCCAGAAAGAGAGAGGAUAAAAAGGUAGCUAAAGAGCUCGAGGGAGACGAUAGAGUGGGAGCGAUAGAGUACUAGAUAAUGGAGGUGCACUCAGAGUGUGUGGAGCCUCCCGUGGCCCCUCAGUGUGACCCUCAGCCUACAGGGAAGAUCAACAAAGCUGCCUUCAAACUCUUUGGGAAGCGGCGCACUGGAUCUGGAAUGGCCAGCUUCUUUUCCUUCAGGAACAAAGGGGCUACAAACAGUGGAAACAACGGGAAUUCUGACAAUGGAAAUUCUUUGAAUGGAAACAGCUCAGGGGCAUCGGCGGAACUUGUGAGGAGCAGAACCCACGAUGGACUAACGAGCUCUAACAACGAUGCUGAUGGACAGAGAGGGGAGGGACUUGCAGGCCUGGAGGUGGGGCCGGUGAGGUCUCUGAGCAAAUCGCUGAGUUUCUUCUCUCUUCUCCGACGCGGGAGUUUUAGGUCGAGUGAAAACGGAGGAGCAGGACUUGUCAGAAGAGGAAGGGGCCUGAAAGGAUUUUUCAGCAGCAUGCGAUGGAGACGUAAAGACAAAACAAAUGAGGGCGAUGGAGAAGAGGCGGAAGCGAAGAAGGACAAGGAUGGAGAUGCUGCUGAUGCUGAAAAGGUAAAGGACAUUACUCUAACCCUUGAACCACCUCCCCAUAACCAUCAAGCAGACUGUGGGGAUGCAGAAGCAGGACCUAACCUCCAAGCACUAGAGACUCCCACCACGAGUGUUACCAUGACACCUCCACACUGUGUUGCCAUGCCAGGGCCAUCUGGUGAGCCAGACUCCCCCUUUCCCUACACGCCCACUGACUCACCACUGCGACCACCCAUCCAAAAAGCCAAAGCCUCAAUUUCCAGUCUCACCCCCUCCCUUGCUACACCCCCUUUGGAUCGCUGCAGCACUGGUGACCCACCAUCAGAGCCCUCUGUGGACCGACUCUGCUCCCUCCUCUUCACUGACGUCACGUCCCUCAAAAGCUUUGAUUCACUCACAGGCUGUGGUGACAUUAUUGCUGAUGCCGACGAAGAGGGCCCAGUGGGUAAUGGGGGCAGUGGUACCAGCAGCAGUAGCAGUGGGGGAGGAGGAGGUAGCGUGGGAGUGGGUAUUGGGAGAGUUGUUGGUAUCACCAGUAGCAUCUCCCCAUCUAAACCCCCUUUAUCUUCUCAGAUGUCCCAGCCCAUGUUCUCUGUCUCCCAAAACUCUGCACCUGCCUCCCUCCCUGCCAGAACCAGGGCACAACCUCAACCACAACAGCACCCACCCGGGAGUGGUGUGGUGGCCUACAUGGGUGGAGGGGAAGAAAUGGCAAGUCCAGAAGGAGUGGACGAUGCAGACAUGCAGGGACUCUGGCACAUGUUGCCUUCCACAGGAGACAACUCCCCUGCAUUGCCCCGAUCGCAUCAACCUUCCUCCUCUACCCCUACUUCCACUUAUCCCCCUCGCACCAACCCUGCUAGCAGCUACCUUCCCUCAGCUUCCAGGAGUUCAGACAGAAAGGUACCACAGGUGAAGGCGCUGGGACUCAGUAAGAUUCCAGUAGUUGGUGGAGCGGGAAGCCGGGCAGCUAAACCCCCUCUCCCUCACGCACAUGGUCGUCACCCUACAUCGCCAAGUGAAAAAGAGCCGCUUAGUGACGAGGGCUACUGGGACACACCGUCAGCAACACCUACAGCAACACCUGACGAGAGUGGGCUGCAGCAUAACCAGAAUAUGGCCCUAUCACGUGACAGUUGCUCUGGAGACCACCUGUAUGACCUCUACAAUGAUCCUGAAGAAGAAGCAGAGGAUCAGGGGGGAGAUGAAGAUCCAAACAGCUCGCCCUCUCCAUCCACUGAAUACAAAACGAGCCCCAUCUCCCAAGCAACUCUGCCUUCCUCCUCCUCCUCUUGUUCCUUCCGAUCAAUGAAAGGCAGCACCAGCCUUCCUCGAGAAUCCAAGAUCCCGGUAAGCACCAAACCAACCACACCCCCUCACUCUGCAAGCCAGUCAGCCCUGUCGUCCGUCCUAGAGGCCGAAUCCCCUCCACCAAAGACGCAACCACCUCCUCCGGCUCGCACCAGAAUCCCAGUAUCCAAGGUGCCAGUUCGUCGUUCUGGAAACAAAUCUGGCGGCACAGCAAGAGGGACUGCCCACAAGAAGUAGCUUCUGUCACACGGGUGAUUUUCCACUGGACUUGAGUGCACAUUGCUACACUGCAGCUUACGUAGAGCCAAAUGUUUCCCCAGGCCAAGAAAAAUGUUGAGCUGUACAGUCAAUGGCCUAGGAAUUGCUCUCAAAUCUUUAAAUCUCUCAUUCCUUAGGCGUGUUGGCUCACGAACAGCUACAUUAGAGUAAGUGCUUUGUUCACCUGAGAAAGUCACUAGGAAACUUGAAAAAGCUAGGAUAACAUUUUGCAGCCCUCCUUAAAACUUUGGGGGUUGACUAUUGACAAUCUGUUAAUUUGCAAAAGAUGCAUUUGCCUUGAAAGUUCCCAGAAAAGUUCCUGGCCUGUUAACUAUGUGACCACUACUUUGACAGAAAACAAAAGCAGAGCACCUUUUUUUUCUUUUAUAUUUUUCUUUUAGAUUUCCACAAUUUGUUUAACUCAAUCUGAUAGUAAGGACCUAAUCUAAUCAAUGUUAUUAUUAUUAUUAUUAUUAUUAUUAUUAUUAUUAUUAUCAUUAUUACUACUACUAUCUAAUCUGUAACAUGUACCUCCUAAUUCUCUGAUUUUAGAGCCAAAGUUUUUGAUUUUGUCAUAGUUUGGAAAAGUCCCAACCCUCCAUUUUUCCUUUGGUUGCUGUAAAUGUUUUUUUUUAACAUGGUCUUUUGCUGACCGCACACUGGUUUUAAAACUAUACAUGAACUCUGAACUGCUUUUAUUACCUACUUUGCAGCUACAAAGCUAUCCUGCAGAAGGUCACACUGCAUCUCAUGCUUUUUAAGAUCGAUUAGCGGAUUUCUUUUUCUUUUUUAAAUCCUUUUGGACUAACUUUGGCUUCAGCCUUUGUACUUGGAUCUCACUCAUACCCGGCUGCUUCACUGGAAGUACAUUCACAGAAUGUUAAUCUCUGGGAUUUACAAAUGUUUAAAUACCAAUGGAAACCUGCAAAACUAUCGCAAUACAUCAACCUGGAGGGAUCCCUUGCACUAAGGCUUCGUUGUCUGCAAACACACACACACACAUGCACAUGCAGAAUCAUACACGCACACACAUACACAUUUCUUCUUGCUCUCUGCAUGUAGUGCCACAUAUCAAGGCACAAAGGUCAGGGAACAUCAUCUAAUGCUGAAGGAUCUGACACAUGCACACUGCUCAACCUUUGGCACUGUAUUUGUAGCUACACUGGAUAACUUUCUUCUCUAAGAACACAUGCACAAACACAUUUUUUUCUAGCUAGUACUUUCUUCUUCACUGGAUUUCGUACUGUUUUUAUAGACUUUCCCUUUCUGCAAUCAUACUGCACGGAUCCUAAACUGUGACAGCACCAGCUUUCUAACACUCUGCCUUGUCUUCUUUCUGUUACUCUCUGUUAGCAUACUGUAUAGGCUAAUGUGGAUGGAUGACAAGAAGGCGACCUUUCUAUAUAUGUGCCAGUUUAGAGAACUAGCUUAUUAUACAUAGCAAAAUUUGGGAACUAAUGCCAGAUGAUUGACCUCGCCCCUUCUUCUACUCGCUAUUAAUAAAACAAAACAAAACAAAAAACAAUGUUUAACCUAAUUUCACGAGCCACCACAGCUGCGAGUGAAUGUGAAUGUAGCUUGACAUUGUAAUGGAUAUUUGUGAGAACAUAGUUUUCUGUGUUCUACUAUCCUCUUUGUCCCUCUUUUGUGGGGGCAAGACAAACUGGAUUUGACUCUUUUCUAAGUCCCCUGUGGCUUGCAUUGCAAAACGCCACUUGUUUUAGAAAUGAGAGGGUGUGUUGCAGUCCUAGAAGGCCUUUGUUGUGAUUCAGUGCAAUCAGUUAAAAGGGAGCAGGUUGGUCCCUUAUAGGGAUUUCCAUAGAAUUUUCAUAGGAUAUGCCAAGUUUAAUGUAAUCAUUCCCACAGAAGGUAUCAGUGACACUUGAGGGUCAUUCUCGUUCUUUAAGCCAUCUCAUCUCGUUUAGAGUCUAAUGAUUGAUCCAUGACACUGCUCCGGGUUCAGAUAUCUUUUCAGCCUCCCUAUGGUGUAGUGUAGGCGACCAUGGAGUAACCUGAUUCCGAGGCUGCAGUAGGAACUCUCCUAGCCAAAUAAAAGGGCACCCUAAAGGUCACCUGGGAAGCAGCAAGUGAUCAUGUCGGUUCACAUUUUCCCUUUCUUUAGCUUUAGACCUUCAGCUUCCUUUAUUCAUUGCUGAUUGAGAAAAUAUUAUUUUUAAGUAACGUAUUUUUUUGGUUGAUGUUAUUGGUUGGCAAGAUUUUACUUGGAUUCCUUUAACAAUCAGAUUCUGUGGAACUGAAAAAUGACAGGUCAUUAUGCAAUCAAUGUCCACCAGGUUUUGUUUAAAUAUAGGACAUCACUCCAUCCAACAUCUCAGAGUGUGUUUUACUGCUUCUUAGCUUCAUCCAAGUAUGACAUGGCGAAAAAUUAAAGUACAACUGUUGCACUGGCACACACACACACUCCUGAGGUCACCAUGUUUCCAUCAUGGGCUCACCAACACCAGACUCAGUUCAAUGUAUUUUUUGCAGGCAAACACUUCUCUUUUCUUUUCUGGGCCUUUAUGUGAUCAUUUGCUCUGAUGAAAAGCAGAUUUCCCCCCUCCUUUAUGUUUCUAUCUGUUUAUAUUGUGAAAACCUCAUUGCAUUUUUAAUAAAGAAAACUGUAUUUGCGCUGAUAGAUGAGCCCCUGACUUUUUGUAAGCACAUUUACACCAUCAUAGGAGUGAUGUCCUUUUGUGUUUGGAGAAAAAAUAAAAUGGAGGUUGAAUUCCACUUCUCUCAUCCCAACCCCCAUGUCCUGGUGUCUUAAAUCCCUAAGGAUCAGCCUGAGUGAGAAAAGGUGAUGCAUUGAGUAGCUUUUGUUUUUGGUUAUUGUUGUGGUCUGGCACUUAGGGAGAGGUCAUUCUGGCUUGGGAAUUAUAGGCUAUCAAUAAAUGCUAUUGAUUGCUGACAUAAAAGCCUGACAGUUGUGUCACUAGCUACUGUUGGUCUCUGGUGGGGAAAGAAAGGAGACAGACAGGCAUGGUGAUGACAAAGAGACACAGCUGAUGCAUGUGGAUAUGAGACCCGCGUAUGCCCUGAAUAGAUGAAAAGUAUAUUCAAGAAUGGCUCAUGUUGCUAGAAAAAGCUUAUAUGUUGUGGUUUAUCCAUGUGAAGUAGGAGGAGGAUUUGGUGCAGUGCGAAUCCCCUUUGUAAUGGUGCAGCGAUUCCCCCUCCCUCUUUAUCCAGCUCUCUACCGAGGUUUAUGUAAAAGCCUUACGUAAGACCAUAACACUCACUUGUACCAGCCCACCACAUCAAAGCCAGGGAUGCUGACAGCAAGAAUGGUGCGUAAUGUUGCAUGUGUGUGUGUGUAUGUGUAUAUAUCUGUGUCAGCUGAUCUCAUCAGUAAUCUGCUGUUUGGCUGCUCGAUGUGGACAGUUGUUCUCAGUGUGAGCCAUGUUUGUGCUUAUUUGUUUUGGGGCAUAAAUCUGGUAAAAGAGCGCAACAGAGAGCACUGAGUUUCUGAUGAACAAUAGGGUUCUUAUUCAAACCAGUGAGGAAGAGAACAAGGGAAGGAGUCAUGGUGAAAAGCAUAGAAUAAGUGGCAGAAUAAGAUUUAUUGUGAGUAUGAGAAUGGGUUUCAAGAGCUUCAGUGCUCUUAAAUGAAGCUUUUAUUUAGCUGGUAUAACUUCUGAUGAUCACCAGCCACAAGUAUCCACUUGUUACUGGCCACUUCAUUAGGUACAGCUUGCUAGUAGUCCAUGCCAGUCUCCUGUUCCACCACAUCUCAAAGGUGCUCUAUUGGAUUGAGCUCUGGUGACUGUGGAGGACAUUUGAGUACAAUGAACUCAUUGUCUUGUUCAAGAAGCCAGUUUGAGAUGAUUUGAGCUUUUUGAUAUGGUGUGUUAGCCAGCUGGAAGAAGCCAUCACAUGACGGGUACACUGUGAUCACAAAACGUUGACAUGGUCAGCAACAAGAGCUGUGCCAUUCAAAUGACGAUCAGCUGGUUGUUAGGGGCCAAUGUGCAAUAAAAAUGUGCAAUAAAAAUAUCUCAGUCAACACCACUAGCAGCCUGAACUGUUGAUACAAGGUAGGAUGGAUCCAUGCUUUCAGUUUGUUUACAGCAGAUUCUGACCCUACCAUCCAAAUGUUGCAGCAGAAAUCGUGAUUUGGCAGUUUUUUCCCCCUAAUUUUCUACCGUCCAGUUUUGAUGAACCCUAAAAUUCUUUCCAUAUAUGAGUGGCACCCAGUGUGGUCUUGGUCUGCUGCAGCCCAUCUGCUUUAAGGUCUGGUAGUGGAUGACCAGUAGUUUUAGCAGCAGCCGGUGCUCUAAAAAGAUUUAGACCUACAGUUUGCUUAUAGGCAAAAUAUUCUACCUCGGGCUGUAAUAAAUAACAAAUAAGCAUUUACUGCUGUCAUAGUACGGUAAGUAAAAGUAAUACCAGCUGAAUAUAACAAAACAAUGAAAAAGAAAGACUACA